UUUAUUUAUUUUUAAAAUGAAAAGACGUGCUUCUCUUGCUUUGCCUCUUUUUUAAAUUUUAAUUUCCUUUUCGUUUUUUUUGAUAUAAAACAAUCGAAAUUUCUCUCUUUCUUUUUCCCUCCUUGUGUGUGUAGAGAAUUUUCAUGGUUUAGAAGAACGAGAGUUUUAAUUUUACAGAUUUCCAAAUGGAGUGGGAUUUUUUGGGUUUGAAUUCCAAGAAUGUGGCCAUGCCUUUGCCUAUGCCUUUGAAGGAAGAAUUUCAAGACAAUUCUAAGAAUUCAGCAAUGGUGAGUGGUUCUUCAAGUAUGCAAUGGUCAUUCUCAAACAAGGUUUCUGCUGUUCCACAAUUGCUGUCUUUCAAGGCUUCUCAAGAUGAGAGGCAAAGGAAAAUCACUGCUGACCCACUCGUCUCUUCAGACAUUCAUAGGCCAUAUUCUUCUAAGAAUGUAGCUUCAGAUAAGAAGCCUGUAAACCAGUAUGCAAUGGCAGUUAAUUACCCUUUCCAAAAUGCCGAGGCCCUUUCGCUUCAUCGUUCACAAGAUGUGAAAAUGUUUCCAAUUUCCAACCAAGCACCAGUUCCAAUGGCUUUCAAUGUGCCAGUAUUUCAAUCCCAUUUGGUUUCUUCUCCUCAACCUAUGGUUGGUUCCAAUGUUAACUUGCAGCCAUUUGGUGGGGUUCCAAUUGCAACCUCCCUUUCGGUUCCUUUUACCAGCUCUGUUGGUACAACUGAGUUAAGGAAUGUUUCAAAACCUCCCGGUUCGAUGGCGCAGCUUACAAUCUUUUAUGCUGGAUCCGUGUGUGUUUAUAAUGAUAUAUCUCCUGAGAAGGCUCAGGCUGUUAUGCUUUUAGCUGGCAGUGGUGGGCUGCCUCAAACACAAAACAACAUACUUUCCACAGGUCAAGUGAAGGCAUCAUUUGCUGGAGAAAAUUUCCAAGGAAUGCCACACCUUGAGCUAUCUACUGCGACUAAACCUAUAAAAACCUCAGCUUCUCAUCCCAAGCAUUCUGAAACUCCCAUCGAUGCCUGUUCUGUUGCACCAGUUUCCCCGAUUCCCCCAACAUUCAUACCUGCAGCUGUACCUCAGGCUCGAAAGGCAUCCUUGGCUCGGUUUUUAGAGAAGCGCAGAGAACGGACAAACACUUGUCCCUACAGUGUUGCAAAGAAAACAUCAGACUGCUCAUCCUCAACCUUGGAUCUGAUGGCCUGAUAUUUGCACAAUGGCCACCGCCAAGACUUUGGACUCAUCACAAAUUGGUGUGUCCUCCAUAUUAGAGAAGUUUAGAUAUAAUCAUCUAAAGCAAAUUUUGUCAAUCUGUUAGCUUAGAUUGAUUCUUGUUUUUAGUUUUUUUUUUUUUUUUUUAAAAAAAUAUAUUUUUCUUUUGUUCAAUUCAAAAGCUAAGAACAAUAUGUAUCUUAGCUGCUCCAUAUUUAUGUAAAAUAUUGCCUCUUAUUUAUUACCCAGAGAAACGAUGGGACUAUAUUUUGUAUUGCAUCAAGAUACUCAAGAGAUCAUUUUUUUUCCCUUGGAAAAAUUAUGCAAAAAACCACUCUUCUUAAUGAUUUUGCUA